AUGCCGUCAUUUCCAAUGGUGUGGAGGCGCUUCCUUUGCACCCACACAUCUGACUUCUCUUUCUUCAACCAAAAACCCGCCGCCGUUCGCCAUCCUCAAUGGCCUGUAAAACAGGUCACCAAGUCCAACUUCGUAGAUUCACUCGACAAAAUUAAGAAUCACAUAUCGGAAUCAGAAUUUGUGGCAGUUUCAUUGAAGAACACCGGUACUUACUCGUCCUCAUGGCAUCGAAUUCUGCCCUUCGACACCGCUGAAACCACAUACCUGAAGGCGAAGUAUGCCGCCGAGAGGUUUCAGAUUCUUCAGUUUGUUGUUUGCCCUUUUUCUAGUAGGGCUUCCAAUAAGCUUACAGCUCACCCGUUCAACUUCCAUUUGUUCCUGAGGGAUGAACUGAAAACAGGGAUGCCCUGUUACAGUUUUUCAUGUCAACCAUCGUAUUUAGCUUCAAUGGCUCAAGAUGAUUUUGACUUCAAUCUCUGUAUAUAUGAUGGUUAUUUUUGUCUCUAA